AAUCGACCACUUGAGGACACAUAGUGAAUAUAUAUCAUACAUAAGCGUGGCACUGUUUUGCUAACCAAAAGAUAUCAGUCGAUUGUGUAAUGUAGUCCACCACCAUCAAAGCUAUUAAAAGCUUCAACUCAUCCAUACUCUUCAUCUCUCCCCCCAAUCCAAAUCUCCUCUGGUAGCUUCCAUGGAUGAGAAACAGUCAGAUUUCCAGAUCCAAAGCUUUGAAUAAAUCUAGCACCAAAGCUCCAACAAUAUCAACCAGCGCAUCAAUGUCUAAGAAUCCAGGAAAAUCACCACUAAAGCUCCAACUGAAUCGACCACCAGUUCCAUGAAGAAAAAAGGGGUUGCUUGGCUCCAUCUACAGCUUUGAAUCCUGCAAAAAGAAAGAUCCUCAUAGGGUUUGAUCUGUUAUUUAUGGCAAAGAGGUCUAUCCGUUCUUCAAGAACAUAGUUUAGCGAUUGAGUUCAAUUGGUUCUGGUUCCAUUCAUGCAAAGAGUUUGAAGCGAUCUCUAUGGUAAGGUUUAGGUUUUGUUGUCGAAUACAGUUAAAUUAUUUAAAUUAUUUUGCUUUUUUGUUGUUGUUGGUAUUUUAUCGGGAUGCAGAUAAAGAUCCAGAGUAUGGUAACCAAGCUGAGAUCAAAGCGCAAAGGUUGUAAGAGAGACAAAGAGAGAGAGGCUUUUAAAAGGAUGACUGCAUUUUAUGUUGAGACGAGCUUACUGAAGCGAGUGCUAGGGUAUUGCAACACAUCGCUUCAGCUCCAGAGGAAGGAAAUGUCUCAUACAACAAUUAUCUUGGUGUUGACUCAGCGUGGAACUGCGUAUCAGAUUCUGAAAACCCGACAUGUGCAGUCAUGAAGCACACAAAUCCUUGUGGUACCGUGCUGAGAUAUCUGUCUACGACAAUGUCGUUAAGGCAACUUUUGUGCUCCUUGGUAAUACUGGUUCUGAGCUAACAGGGAGGCAGGCGUUAGAGAUUAUUAACAAUUACUUCGAGGCUAAUGGGAACAUCGGUGCUAACCAUGAGAUGCCAACUCCACAAUGUCUGGUGGAAGUCUCAAGCUCCAACCUUACAGUUAAGAGACAGACCAUAAGUGUGACGAAGGUUGUUUCUCCUGCAGUUCUGCCACCAUUUGUAGUAGCAGAAAGCCAACCAGACGCAAUCGAUGAAGAGAGCACAUGCUCCUGGAUUAAUUCAUUUCUGUCAUAGGGAGUCUAGCAUAACUUUAUCCAAACUAUUUUUGAACUCUGU